GCGGGGCUGCGCUGUCCCACGUGGGUCUGAUUGAGCGCAGAAACUGAAAGUUGCCCGGCUGUGUCUCACCUUCAGCCCGUGCCUUGAGCCUGAGGGAGGGACAGGACUAGAGAUGAGCGCGGGAGCGGCCGUGGAGGAGAUCGCUCUUACUCGUGGGCCCUCAGGUCUUGGCUUCAACAUAAUUGGCGGGACGGACCAGCAAUAUAUAGCUCAUGACAGUGGUAUAUACGUCAGUAGCAUAAAAGAAAAGGGGGCGGCGGCUGCGGAUGGACGGUUGCAAGAAGGAGACCAGAUAUUGGAGGUGAAUGGUGUUAAACUGAAGGAGCUGUUGCACAAAGCUGCUGUGAAUCUCUUCAGGAACGCUGGUGAACAGGUCGUAUUGAAGGUGCGACACAAGCUGCAGAACCAGCAGAAUGGACCCUCGGGCACCAGAAAUGAGAGACCCUCCGAAGACUCUUCUCUAGCAAUGUUUGCCAUCCCAGUGUUAUUGUCAGUGGCAGUUAUCGCCAUUUUUGCAUUUGUUAAAUACCGCCAUCGCAUGUAAAAAAGAAAAAAAAAAUCUGAAGGACCAGAAACAGAUAUGUUAAAUAGAAUAACUUGCUCGUAUAUACAUAUGAAUUGAUAUAUAUUAUAUAUAUAUAUAUGAUUAUCAGUAGCCGGUCACAGGUAUAGUGUGUAUAUCUGCUGCCUGGAAAUUGAUAUCCCUUAUGAUAGGGGAGAUUAAGCCAUAGGAGAUUUCAUGUACAAUCUGUGUGAUUCUGUUGGAAGUGAAUGUUCCUGCAGUUUAGGGAGAUAAGUAUGGCAGGUACAAUCAUAGGAGCAAAUUUACUAACCGGUGAAAA